AACGCGUUCCUUUUUGGCCCGUGGCGCCCUGGGCAUGGGAAUGUGAGGACUAUGCGAUCGAGAUGAGCCUGCGUUUAUCAAAGCAUGACGUGGGCAUCGCUUCAUUCGCUAGCCGACCUCCUAGCCACAUGCUGGACAAUUGCCGAUCUCCCGCCCUGCAGCCGAUGCCCAGCGCAACAAAUCUUCGAGACAACAACUUCUUCGACAAUUCCACGACGACGCCAUGUUUGAAGUGCCGGAUGCGAAGCGGGUUCGCCGCGACGAGCUGCACUCUCCCACAUCAUCGCCGCGCUCCUCGCCGGAUCCAGACCUCGAACAGCUCCUGCGGUCCAGAAUACAAAACGAAUUCACCUACACCAUCGCCACCACCGACGAUCAUGUCGAUGAUACCAACGAUAUCGCGCAAAGCGACCAGGAUGAGACAGAGUUGCGUCUCUUCGCUGCGCCCGCAAAUGCCGCUCCACAGUCGCAUAAGAUCCGAAUUUCAUCUCCAGACGCCGAUAGCGGAGAGCCAGGACUGGUUUUGAAGAAACCACGGAGCUAUUAUUUCGCCGACGAACCCACAAGCGAGGCCGAGGAAGAGUUCAGAGCGGCGGCCAUAGAGGGAAGGAGCGUCCUGGAGCUGUCGCAGCAGCCAUGGCCUGGUUGCGCCUUGCCGUGGAAGGUACGCAAGAUAUCACCGGCUGGCAUGAGUAGAGAGGUGCUGGUUGGCCAUCCUCCCAUGCUGGUCCUUGUCCAAGACAAGGCAAACAAGCGCAUAAGAAAGGGCAAGAAGUCCCGCAUAGCCAUUAGAAAGAAGUUACAGGAAGCAAAGGAGAAGGAAAGCGAAGCAGCACGUCUUGCACGGGAGAAGGAGGAAGCCAAGCGCGAGAAGAACACACGGAGGAAUCGAGAGAAGAAGCUCAAGCAGAAGGCAAAGCAGCAGGCCAAGAGGGCAGCAGAUGGCGCUCCUGAAAGCGCCGCAGAUGGGAUGGAUGGUGUGGAAACUACGGCGACUGAGAGCCAACCUGUCGGUGGGGAGUCGACAUGAGGCGCGUCAAGGACACCAUCACUGUUUCGCCAGCCCCACAGUCAAAGCAGCAUCAGAUGCAAUAGCACGCUGGUCGCAAGCAAUAGCCACUCGAUUGGACGGGUACCAGGAUGGUGCGAGUGAUGCACGUAUUU